AGGCUCAACUCUGGAAUAAACUUUUUCAAUUAGAAACAAUCUGUCAAAUUCCACAAUAUUACAAACAAUAUCUGGUUAAUUUCUUUGAACAUUGUGACAAAAAAAACCCAAAAGAUUAUACACAUGAUGAUUCAAAACUAUUGUCAACAGUAAAAAAAUUUCUUGAAAAUAUUUGGGAUUUGAAAAAAAUACCAAAAAAGAAAAAAUCAAUCACAGAGCCAACAUAUUCACAUGAAUUUGUUACACAUUUAGUGGAUUUUUUAAAAGAUGACUUGCUGAAUAUUGAAACAUCCUGGUUUAAUGUUGAGAGUACAGCAACCAAAAAUAGGAAUAAUUUAAUUGGUCCAAGGAGAUGUCCAGACGUUCUCUGGUCAUUGGAAAGUGGCAUUGAAGAAUUAAAUUUUGAAAUACUUUAUAUCGAAAUUUCCAAUGGGCCUUUUAAUAUAACUGAUAAACAUAUCAAAAAAGAUAAAAUACGAUUAGGGAAAUAUUGCAAAGAUUCACUUAAUUACAUUCAUAAUGAAUCUUAUUCUGUUUCACCUGAUAAAAAACUAAGAUAA